AACACUAAACAUUAGAAGAAAAUUAAAAUUAAACCCAGAAAGAAGUAAAAAUAUAAAAUAUUUGGUCAAAAAAAAGACCCAAAAAGACAAAAACUAAAAAAAAAAAGAAAUAAAACAAAAUGAUAUAAAAAUAAAUAUAAAAAAUCAAAACCCAUAUCUUUUAGCCUGCCCAAUCGCCUCCAUCUCUAUUCUCGUUCUCAGCUCUGAAAUUGCCCCCUCUCGCUGUUUCAGUUCAGGUCCGCCGUUCGCAAGCUUCAGUUGUUGGCUCUCAACUCUCAAGCUUGACCCCCUCUAUCUCUCUGCAACUGCUAACUUGUAUGUAUGGGUUUUGAUUUAAUUUUUUUUCUAAAUCAACUAAUCAAGCUCUGUAAUUUUUUUCUAAAUCAACUAAUCCUUUUCAAACCAACUCAGUCCCAAAGAAUGGGAAGAAGUAGCCUCUUCAUGGCCAACAAAAGCCUGAUCAGAGGUUAAAGCUAACAGGUUGCCUUAGAAGAAUUUGUAAAUUUGACAUGGGUUUCCUCUUUCUCUUGAAGAAGCUACAAGGCCUUGAUCGGCCAGGUGAACUUCAAAAGUGCUGACUUUUCGGUAGGCGUCUAACCUUAAUUUAAGGAAGUGAACUUCUAUACCAAAAGGAACAUAGAAGAAAAGGAAGAAUUUUGCUUAUUCUUUCAGUGAGCUCCACCCUCUUUAUAUUGUAACAAGAGAGAAAGCGGUUCGUAUUCAAAGUCAGGACUUGAGAUGGCGGAGUUGGUAUAUUAUAGACGCUAGGGAUGCCCCGUUCAUGACGAAUUCAUUUGUCAACCUCUUGCCAGAAGGUGCGCUAGCAAGAUCGAGAACACUCCUUUUUGGUUCAACUCCAAAAUACCUUGUGCCUCUGCGCUCUUCCUUCUUGACAUCAAAGGCCGAGAAACUCUUCACCAAACCCAUUGACAAAGAGGUUUUAGCAAUUACUAGCAAGGAUGCUCUCUUUAAAAGACAUUGUACCUGCAGCUCAGAAUAACAUAAACACACGGUUCAUACUUUUGGAUAAAGGAAUGAUAACUUUAGAAGGUCAAUACAAGACAUGCUUAGCACUUGUGGCCGAUCAGACUGCUGCAGUUCAUUUUCAGCUCUGGGGGGAUGAAUGCGAUGCCUUUCAGCCGGGUGACAUUAUACAUUUGGCUAAUGGCAUUUUCUCUUACAACCGGAACAAUCUUGUGCUUAGGGCAGGCAAGAGAGGGAAGGCAGAAAAGGUGGGAGAAUUCACCAUGGCAUUUGUUGAAACACCAAACAUGAGUGAGAUUCGUUGGAUUCCUGAUCCAAAUAACUCCAGGAGAUAUGUGCAGGAGGCUGUUAUUUCUCCCCACUCACGAAUUUUUCAACCAAUGCUUUAACUUCUGUACUUUGCAUUUGUUGGAUAGCCGUUGUUAUUACAAAGGAAAGGCCAUAGAUUGUGAGGCUCAAGUUUUGCCUAGCAUGAUGCUGGCUGUCCCAGUCCGAGACAAAAUGAGGUAGUGCACUCUCGGUACAAAGGAAAAUUGUGCUAGUCGGUUUCGAUAUUGAAAAUGGGCUGCCUUUUCGUCUCUGAGUUGUGUGGGAACGUGAUGUGAUGGGAGUCGAUCAAAAUGAAAUGAACUCAAGGACUCAGUGCUUCCAGCGCAACAUCAAGACAAUUGAUGGUCUUUAUAUUGUUUAAACAAUUAUUAUAGGUGCUAGAUACUUAACACAGUGUAUGUGGCAAUUAAUUUGAGUUAAAUAAAUUUUUUUUUGGCUGUGAUUAAUUUUUAA